AUGGACGGGUUGAACGAGUACAGGCGGGUCCGUGUCGCUGACGUUCUCUCUGAUUUCCGCACUCUGCAGUACUAUAUCGCUGCUGCGCCGACCGAGCCGGAAAACAUGGAAGACUACUAUGCCGAAGGCUGGGCCGCUCUGCGACAGUGCUCCCUUGAUGGGCAGCACAUACUUAAUUGCGCCGCCGACACGAGUGUGCCUCAAGCCGCUGGUGGUGAGGAGGAGCAGGAGAAGGCUGAAUUAAAACAGAUCCUCCUCGACUCAUUUGCCCGGCGUCACGAGGGCCAGAAGAUCUAUCUCAGACAAGCUGCUGCGCAGCGAUGGGUCGACAAUCGGAACAACAUUCUGCAGGGCGGAAGACCGCACUCGGGGAACCAGUCCAUGGUGCGGUCCUGUGAUCGGCAGCUCCGAGCAGAGCUCGCUACCAUCACAGACGAGGCAAUCUACACUGAGCUUCGUGCUUCAGACCAGGCGAUGGGCCGCUGGACGGCCGAAGACCCCAGCUUACGUGGUGUGCAGCGCUGGCUACGCGCACGCCGAUGA